AUGUCUGAUUUGAUCUUGAAAGAAGGAAAUGCAAGGAAAGAAGGAGGCUUUAUUAAGUCCAUCAAGUCAAGGUGGUUUGUUCUAACCUAUGACUCCUUAAAUUAUUAUGAGAAAAAAGAUGGUGCGCUUAAAGGGACGAUCAAAUUCGAAGCUAAUUGUACUGUUGAUUGGGAUAAAACUUUCAAAAUCCAGCCAGCUUUGAAAUUAUUCUCUCCUUCAAAGAAAAGAACUUAUCACAUCUGCCCAGAGACUGAAAAUGAAACUGAUGAUUGGAUCUCUAUCAUUAGAACUGUGAUUUACAUCCAUAAAGGAACACUAAGUCCUGCUCUCAUACAGAACUUACCAUUAUUUUUCCAAGUUUACAUUUGGCCAACCGAAGAACUUUGGCAUCUUUCAGCUUCUAAGGUUCAGCAUGCUACAAAAACUUUCGAAGAGCUUCUACAAACCAAGAAAUUGACACCAAAGCAAGUCUUUUCAAUGAUUGGUGCCAUAGCCGCGGCAAAUACUCAUAAUGUGGUAUAUUAUGCAAAUUUGUGUCAAAAUAUAAUUAAAGGCAUGAAGUUAACAUUAGAUACAACUCAUUUCACUCGAGGCAACCGCUUAAAAGCAAUUUUAAUUCUUCGUAAUUUAAUUCAAGGCAAAAUUGUUAAGAAAUACGAAGGAAAAACCGAAGAACAGAUUUCUGAUGUUUAUGAAAAAGGUUCCCAUCUUUAUGCCUUGUUUUGGGACAAAAAAGAUGAUUUUAUUGCUUUUCCGCCUUCAGUUGACAGAGAAAUCGAAGCUAUUACCGAAAUGACAACGAUAAACUGUGCGGCCAAGUUCGGCUCUACAUCUAUUUUCAAAUUCCUUCUCGAAGAAAAUCAUGAAAUGUCAGAAGAAACGUAUAAAUACGCUUUUAGAGGCGGCUCUACUGAAGUCAUCGAUAUACUACACAAAGAAGGUGUCAAACCUCCAAACAAAUGGAAAAAUUUAGCCGCAAAUUAUCAUCUCAACGAACUGAUCGACGAAACUCCAGAUUCCGAAGACGAAGAUUACUCAUUUGAUUCUGCUCUCAAGCGAUACAAUUUUACAGCCUUUUUCGACAAAGUAUUUCGAUACAAAGAUUUUGAUUUGGUCGAUAAUGAAUCGGGAACUGCUCUUUAUACUUCUCUCAAGUAUAAUCUUCCGAUUUUCGUCCCGAUUUUUGCAGAACUCCAAUCAAAACUUGACAUCAAAUGCACAGGUAGUAAAUCUUCACUUAUGAUCGCUUGUGAGAAGAAACAAUUCGAAAUGGCACAGUUCCUUAUUGACAAGAAGUGCAAUAUCGAGUUCAAAGGACCUUCCCAAAUGACACCUUUAAUUUUAUGUGCCAAGAAAAAUAAUUUGCCAGCUGUCAAAUUUUUAUUAGAACAUAAAGCAGAAGUGAAUGCAUGUACAUCAACAAGAAUGACUGCUUUAUCAUUUGCAGCUGAUAACGGCAAUGCUGAAAUGGCACAGUUACUUAUAGAACACGGUGCGAAUGUUGAUUAUUCCGAUGACAAAGAAUAUACACCAGCAAUUUUCGCAGCGAUUAAAGGACACAUUGGAGUUCUCGAACAAUUAUUACACGCAAAGUGUAAUCUAAAGAUGGUGGAUUAUCCACAACGCGGAAGUCCUCUUAUGCAUGCAAUUAUGAAUGAACACGUUGACGCUGUAAAAUUGUUAGUUGUUUCAGGAAGUUAUUUGAACCAGUUUGACAAGAAAAAGAGAAAUGCUUUGAUCAUUGCUAUGGAUGUUGGUAACCAGGAGAUCAUUGACUUCCUUGUCCCUAAUUAUCCAAAACUUGAUGAAUUAUAUUACGCAGGAUUUCCUAUUAUUUUCUUCGCGAUCGAAAAGAAACAAUAUAAUAUCAUCAAUGUUGUUUUAAACUCUCCGAAAUUCGAUCCAACGGUUAAAAAAGAUGGUGAUACACCACUAAACGCUGCUGUCAAAGCAAAUGAUAAGAUAAGUACUGAAAUGUUGUUGCAAAGAGGUUGUUUGGUUGAUGAACCUAAUGACCAAGGACUGACACCUUUGAUGCAAGCAGCUUUAAACGGAAAUUCCGAAAUCAUUGAAUUGUUAAUUAGAUUCGGAGCGAACUGUAAUGUUUAUGAUGUAAAAGGAAAUACACCAUUGAUAUUAUGUAUCCAUCAAUUUGCGAAUAAUUCCGCAAUUAUGCUGUUGAGAUCUGGAGCGAAUUUCAAUCAGCCAAAUAUGGAAGGUUUGUAUCCAUUAAACAUCGCAGUUUUGAAGAAGAAUGUUGAUAUGGUUAAAAUACUUUUGCAAUGCGGAGCAAAUCCAAAUAGUACUGAUUAUUUGGGAAAUACUCCUUUGAUGCAUUCUGUUGCAGCUAAUUGUCCGGAAAUCACUGAGAUAUUACUCAAUGCAAACUGUGACUUCCAAUUCCAAAACAAGGCUGGUUUCGAUGCUUUGAAAUUGGCAAAACAAAUGAAUAACGUCAAAAGUGGCAAAGUUAUUGCUGAUUUCAAAUUAAAAGUGACAGGAAUGCUCGAUCCACAGUAUCAGGAAUGGAUAAACGAGGAAGAAAACAAGAAUGAACAAAUUGAAAUUGAAAAACUGAAUUCAUCAAACGGAUUGAAGAAUCUACAGUCAUCAAGAGGAUACCAGAGAAGAAGAAGAGAAGAAACAUCUUCUUCGGAAUCUCAAUCAGAAUCAGAUUCGGAAUCAUCUGACUCUGAUUAA